AUGUUCGGCUCAUACGGCUCUUACAGCUCCAUGUGCGCUUCCUCUGCGCCCAUGGAUAUCACCUCGCGCAGCAGCUUCACCUCUCACGACUCGGCCUGCGCUUUCCCUUCUUGGCCUCGACGCGAAUCUCUCUCCGAGUCCGACCGCGAGGAACGCCCUACGUCUUAUCUCUCCGACGACGACCUGUUCCUCCCCGACCCCUUCGACGAUGACGCCCGAAGCGUCUCCAGCGCCGGCAGCUCUUCUCCUGGCGCCAUCGCCUCUCCUCCCAACGUCAUCUCCGACUUCGAGCUCCUCCAGGCUGAGCGCGAGCGCCAGGCGGCCAUGCAGCGCGAGUUCAUCCGCGUCGUCGCCAUGGAGAAGGAGCGUCGCCGUGCCGCCGCCGCACGAAAGCAGCGCCGUAGCAGUUCCAACAAGAAGAGUCCCAAGACCAAGCUCACCUCCAUCCAGGAGUCUGCUGAGUAG